AAUCAAAAGCACUGGCUUAAAGUGUUAAUCACGAACAUAAUUUUCAAGCUAAAAACUGCACCGACUAGUUGUAUAGUUUAGGGUUAAAUUAAUUUUUAAUUAAAUGUUGUCGAAAAUAUUGCUAGUAAUUACCAUAAUGCAAAUUUUGAGAUAUGUUUCGAACCGAAAUAAUGACUUUAUUAAAGUCUCCCACCCUUUUAACGAAACGAUUAGAGAUUAUUUAUUAAACAAAAUUCAAAUAUGUAAGACAUAAUUUGUUUAUGCUACAAUAUUAUUGGGUGGAAAGAGAGUAUUAGCCAUCGGAAUGUAAGAAAAUAAGGGAUACUUAAUGAUUUUUUGCUAUGGUGAUUUGGUCUAAACUUAAUUAUACAUAAACAAGACUUGACCAUUGUUAAACAAGCAUGCCGGCGGCCAACUUGGAAUGACAUUGUAGGCUGUAAUAAGCUUGAUCAGCUUCGGCCGGCCAGAAAGAGUGGACGGAGACAGAGCAGAGAAGAAUCUGCCGAAUAGGAAUAAAGCUUAGGAAGAAAGAGACAAGAGACGAGGGCAAUAAUAAUGUUUGCUAUUGAACAGUUUCUUGCCGAUGAAAACAAUAUACAGAUUCAUGCUAUAAACCUGCCUGUCCAUAUCAAACCCUAGAGCAGUAUCUUAUUGUUCUUUCAUGAACCAUGAGAAACGUCAUUGUAAACCUUGUACUAGCUAGUAUAGUUCAAUUAUUACAUUGUUUUAUCGGCAAAUAGCUAGCUUCAGGUUGGGCUGGGAUAUAGCGGAGGAGGGAGCCAAAUUCAAACCAGAAAUGUUGUUUCGUUUGGUCUUUAUUUCUGAAUGGCUAAACCUCGCCCUAAUUUAUUUUAUCGCCCUAACUUAAAAGUGUAAAAUUACUUAAGUAUCCUUAAAGAACUAAACACAAAAUAAACAAAUCAAACAGUCCCUAUCUCCUUCCUCGCAUCGCGAGAAAAAUACAGCUCCAAGGGAGAUCGACGUCUAGCUUCGGCUUCUUCUCCGAUUGACCCUUCAUCACUUGAGCAAUGGAAGAAAAACAGAGCAGUCAAAUUGACCGUUCAUCACCCGCUGCAGGGGACUCAUCUCCUCUCUUAUACACACGCCUUUUUUUUGCUUAAAAAGCAAAACAGAGCAGGCGGAUCUCGGAUCUCUGACAACCCUAGCUGCCUCACCACGUAGUGCGAGAAUCUCUCCACCUUCCUGCCGCCGCGCUCGGACUCCAUCGCCGCCAGGUCCAGCUUCGGGACGACUAUCUUGCUUACUUUCGGUUUCCGGCAGUAGUAAUCGGUCGUGACGACAAAUAGGGCAGAUGCAGGGAGUCGCCGUUAUCCCCCACCCUGGAUUGCCCUAGUGUAUCACGAUUUAAUUGAAAAGGAGAUGGAGGAAGGGAAUGAAAAGCGGCAACUAGGGCACACAUCUCCUCCUUUUUUUUCUUUCUCUGGUUCUCUUCUCUACUUUGUUUCCGCCUGGAAAAUCUUUGUUUGAAUGAGAAACGGAGGUGAGAAUUUGCGUUGCUUUUUUUCCGAAAUAAAGGGUUGUUUGUUUAAUUAAAAGAUUUAAAAAAUAAAAGGAUAUAAAUGUAAUUUUAAGUUUUAAGUUAGGACGAUUAUAGUAAAAUCUAGGGCGAUAAUUAGCAACCCUUUAUUUUGGCGCUUUUGAAAUGAUGAGUUCGAAUUUCGAUGGCUUUUUCUAUGGUCAUCAAAGGGGCAACACAGAAAUGAAGAAUAUUAAGGUUUGAACUUGAUAUCUCACGAAUCUAAUAUAAAUAUCUAGGUUUAUUUGUUGGAAUAACUAUAGUUCAUACAGAAAAAAAGGGCUAGCUAUUAAUUAAGUUAUAAGUGGGUGUGAAUCAACCAAAUUAUUAAAACCCAGUUUAAAUAGCAUAAUUGGUCUACGUAUGUAUUUUUCAUGACCAAAAUUAAUGGGUGUGUUAAUAAACUUUCAUACAAAAAAUUGAUCAUUAUAAUAAUAUUAUUGGUUGACAUAUGUUAAUUUCCCAACCACAUUUAAUGAUCACUUAUAAGACUUUACAUCCAAAAUAAUAGGUUACUAAUAGUCACAUAAAUUGGUUAUCAUUUGUAUUUAUGGCAAUCAAUCACCUACUUUUCCCGACCAAUACUAUGGACAAUGACAACCAAAUUAAAAUAGUUACGAAAAACUGAGGUUUUUUACUAUUGACAAAAUUGGUUGCAAUAGCUUUAUUUUCGCUACCAAUUAUCAUUUUGGUUGCGUUAGGUAUUCGUACCGCAGAUAUAGCAACCAAUUCUGCUACCAAAAAAUUUUAGCCUCGAAAAAUAUAUUAAUAACCAAAUUUAUACUUUUUGGGACCAAUUUUAUUGGUUGCAAAAAGAACUUUUUCUUGUAGUGUGGCCUUGAGGUGGGUCAAACACGGGACCUCACACUUCCCAGUCGAGGGGCUCUGAAGAGUUUUACCAGUUGGACUAUGUGACAUUUGGCAAUCUAAUCCGCUACUUUAUUAGUCCCGCCAUAGACUUUUCAGUUGACUUAUUAGAUAACAGAUGCUAAAUUCAUGUAAUACAGUUUUGUUGUUGUGGUUGCAACAUUAGGCUCUGUUUAUUAUUAAUAUUGAGACUAAGACAAAAGUAGGAAAGUAAUGGGAGGAAUAGUGUGGCAUGACAAGUAUGAAAAUGAGGUGAUUUUUAUUUAUAGUAAUAAAUUGUUGUCUUUUGUUUAAACUCGCUCAUUUUUUUUGUAGCUCUACAAUAGAGAAAUUUCUUGUCUUUUGUUUAAACAAAGUUGAAAGUGAAGAAGUACCAAUUGAAGUUCACUUGUUUGUUUCACAAAAUCAAUUCCAAGGUACUUCUCAGUUCUAAUUUGUAAUAUUUGAUGAAUGGAAGUCUUGAUUUGUAUGUACUGAACUUAUUUGUUUGACUUUGUAACCGGUGUACGUGAAACUAUUUUAAUGUAAUUGUGUGAAUUUAGAGUAUUGCGUUGUUGACUUUUUGUUUAAUUUAAAGUUGACUUUUCAAUUGUAUAAGUGAUUUUUUAUGAUAUGAUAAAGACACCCCUUGGUCAAUUUCCUGGCUCCGCCACUGCCUAAACGAAACCCCAUUUUGAGUUUAUAUCUCUAGAGGGUAAGAAAGACGUGGAAUUGAAUAGUCAUAGAUUAGAGACUCGAUCAAGAAAUGACAGAAUUUGGCUGGACUUGGACUAGAUAGCUGACAUGCAUUUGCGUCUUCUCCACACUUAGCUCCUAUAAAUUACAUAAUGGUCCCUAAACUUUUGGGUCACUAUAAAUUUUAUAAAUACUAAACAAAAAAGUGGACAUAAAUAUUAAACAAAAAGUGAUAACAAACCAUUUAUUAUGUCCAUCCAGAUUUUUUUAAGAAAAACCAUCGAAUAUUUCAGCCUACGCAUUUGAGAAAAUAUGCAUACCUUAUUUUUAAGCGUAAUCUUUCUUUUUGUAUUUAGUUGAAAUGGGUUAUACUUAAUCUACAUUUUAUGCUUUGAUUAAAUAAAGGUCGUCCACUCUAUUCCACUAAGUUCUAUAAACUAAUUAUGGUUAAAAUAAAUAUAAGUUUAGGGUUAAAUGUUAUUUUUUUUUAAAUGAACGGCGUGUGUGUCAUUUUCAGAAGAACAAGGAUUAAAAAUGAAAAAAAAACAUAUGGUCCCGCUCCCGCCAACUUAUAAGUCCCGCCAAAGACUUUUCCGUUUACUUGGACGAUUACCAUCUCCGUUGACUUCUUCUUCUUCUCUUCUACCCUCCGGCCACGGCACUCUGUUAUUUCACACUCACAAUUUACCUCUCCUCAGCAAACUCACUCAAACCUUUUCGAUGGCGGCCACCGCAGCCUCCUUGUCUCCGAUCCUCCGCCGCUCUCCCCCUCUCCUCGUCCUCCUUUUCCUCCUCCUUCUCCCCGCCUUCGCCGCUGCCCAAAACAUCACCGUCGGACAAUCCCUCCCCGCCGACGCAUCCAACUCCACCGCCUGGCUCUCCCCAUCCGGCGAAUUCGCCUUCGGCUUCCGCCCACUCGACGAAACCAAUACCACCUUCCUCCUCUGCAUCUGGUACGCUGACAUCCCCGACCGCACAAUCGUCUGGUCUGCCAACGGCGACUCCCCUGCCCCCGCCGGCUCCACCGUCCAGCUAUCCAGCACCGUCGGCCUCGUCCUCGCGAACCCACAAGGCUCCGAGAUUUGGCGGUCCGGCCAACUCUCCGGCGGAGUGGCCUCCGCCUCGCUCACCGAUUCCGGCAAUUUCGUGAUCCGAGCUAGAAAUUCCUCUCCUCUGUGGGAAACCUUCGGCAAUCCCACCGACACGAUCCUCCCUUCGCAAACGCUAGGCCGCGGCAUCAUCCUCUCCUCCCGACGUUCCGAAUCCGAUUUCUCAAAGGGGAGAUUCCGCCUAAUUCUCCAGGGGGACGGGAAUUUAGUCCUCACCACUGUAAAUCUCCCGACGGAGCAGGUCAACGGUGCAUACUACGCCGCCGGAACGAAUUCCGCCACCGAUCCCGGAACCCAGCUGGCGUUCGACGAAUUGGGAUUUCUCUCCGUGGUCAGAACUAACGGCGGCAGCAGAUUCAAUUUGACCGAGUCGGUGCCGUCGUCAUCAAACGGAGGGCAUUACCAAAGAGCAAUUCUGAGGUUCGACGGAGUUUUGACUCAGUACUAUUACCCGAAAUCGGGGGAAAGUAACCGUAGCUGGACUCAUCUCUGGAACCAGCCGGAGAACAUCUGUACGGCGAACACCGACAUCGGCAGCGGCACCUGCGGAUUUAACAGCAUCUGCGACCUCGAAUCCGACGGCCGGCCGAGUUGCCGGUGCCCGACAGGGUAUUCGUUGAUGGAUCCCGACGAUCCGUACGGAAAUUGCAGAGCGAACUACACACAGGGCUGCGAAGAAGACAACGGCGGGGUCCGAAUUGAAGAGCUGUACGGGUUCGAGGAGAUUGAGAAUACCGAUUGGCCAACUUCCGAUUAUGCUCUGUUGGAGCCUUUCACGGAGGAGGGUUGCCGGAAUUCCUGCCUGCACGACUGUAUGUGCGCCGCCGCGAUUUUCCGGUCAGAGAACAUGUGUUGGAAGAAGAAGAUGCCUCUGUCGAAUGGGAGGCUGGACGGGAACCUGAACGGGAAGGCACUGUUGAAAGUCAGGAGGGGGAAUGUGAGCCGGAGAACCGGCGGCAGCGGGUGGCCGAUUGCGCCGGAGGCAGGGGAUGUUGUGAAGAGGAAGGACAGGGAAGGGUUGAUCGUGAUGGGUUCGGUUCUUUUUGGGAUCUCAGCUUUCGUGAAUGUGGCGCUGGUGAUCGCAAUCUGUUUAGGGUUUCACUUCGUUUACAGGAAGAAGAACAGUUUUGCUGCAGUUUCCAGAGAAAACGACGGCGCAAUCGAGCCGAAUGUGCGGUGUUUUACAUACAGGGAGCUAGAAGAAGCAACGGAUGGGUUCAAGGAAGAGCUUGGCAGGGGAGCUUUUGGCAUAGUUUACAAAGGCGUGAUUCGGGACAACGGCCGCGUUGUCGCCGUCAAGAAGCUCAACUCCUCGGUGAACAACGAUACGGCGAAGGAAUUCAGAACCGAAGUCAGCGUGAUCGGACAGAUUCAUCACAAGAAUCUGGUCCGGCUGGUCGGAUACUGCGAGGAAGGAGAGCAGAGGCAGAUGUUGGUCUAUGAGUACUUGAACGGGACUCUGGCCGAUUACCUGUUCGGGGAGGUGAAGCCGAGCUGGUCGAAGCGAAUCCACAUCGCAUUGGGAGUCGCGAGGGGACUGCUGUACCUGCACGAGGAGUGCAGCACCCAGGUGAUCCACUGCGACAUCAAGCCGCAGAACAUCCUCCUGGACGAUUGCCAGAAUGCGCGGAUCUCGGAUUUCGGACUGGCGAAGCUGCUGCAGCUGAACCAAAGCCAGACGCACACCGCGAUAAGGGGCACUCGAGGGUACGUGGCGAUCGAGUGGUUCAGGAACUCGCCCAUCACGGUGAAGGUCGACGUCUACAGCUUCGGGGUCCUUCUGCUAGAGCUCAUCUGCUGCAGGAAGGGCGUGGACAGCAACGAGGGCGCCGGAGAACGAGCCAUCCUGACAGACUGGGCUUUCGACUGUUAUGCCGAAGGAGGCAUCGACGACCUCGUCGACCACGAGAUGGAGGCGCUGAAUGACAGGGAGAGGCUCGAGGAGUUUGUGAUGACCGCCCUGUGGUGCAUUCAAGAGGAACCUUCCGCCAGGCCUACGAUGAGGCAGGUCUGGCAGAUGCUCGAAGGAGUCCUUGAAGUACCCGAUCCUCCGUGCCCUAGCGGUUUCACCGUGACAACGAUCUCGAAGGCUUAACCCUUCAAAAUAAAUACAACUACUAGAAAGUUGCAAGUAGCUAGGCAGAAGUCGAAUAAAGAUUGUUACUUCGUUUCAUUUGUUCGAGUCAUAUCCAUAGUUUUAUGUUACUUGUUGCAUAUAUUUAAGGAUUCAAGGAGUCACAAUUCUUAUUCAAACAAUCCUUGUAUCAGCUCGAUAAUUUCAAAUUUAUCUAUUCAAAUAACAGCAUGUUGAUGAUUUAGCUAAUUCGAAUUCUAACCAUUUCAACAUUACAUCUUAUUUCGAGAAUUUAUCAUUCCGACGAUCCCGAUUCAAUGAUUUUGUCUACCAGGCCGUGAUCUUGACUUAGAACAGUAGACAGGGAAGAAAGCUGUGACUUGGUCUUUGGCCACAAACCCCAUGUUUCUGUCCUUAGGGAGCAGCUACCAUUCUUUUCCAAGCAGAGGACUUUUGAUAUACGGCAGAUUCAUGCAUGCAAACCAUGACAAGGGUAAAAUUGUUCUCCGCUGAAAUUUUCUAUGGUGAGAGUAGGCUAGUAGUAACUAGUAACUAUUCCUCCUCUUAAUAGAGACACGUCCCAUGAUUGAGCUCAAUAUUGAUCACACUAUUCAUCGAGAAAAAAGAAAUAAAGGAUAAUGCAUUGGUGAUUUUUCAAUAGGUUUUUGAAUUAUUCGAUUUUUGUGAUGAGAAUUUCACCAUUUAGAAAAGUGAUUUUAAUUAUGAAAUCGUUAGAUCAUCGAUAUGAAGUUAAAUAAUUGAACUUCAUCAACAUAAGUAAACAAAUCAAAAAGUAUAAGUUUUGUUAAUUGUUCAUGUUAUCCUGUGGUUCGAAAAUGACAGAGAACGAUCGGUUCUUUCAAACUCAUGACUCGUCAUAAUGAUGUUAGAUUUUAGGCUAAUCAUCCUUGGCUAAAUCAAUCACCGUCAAAAUAAAUUUGUUGAGAAUUC